AUGUCGCUAUUAGUAGACCAAUGGGUUGGAAAACUGGCAGUGGUAACUGGUGCCAGUGCUGGAAUUGGUGCUGCCAUUACAAAAGCUCUAGUUGAAGCAGGCAUAAAUGUUGUUGGUUUGGCAAGAAGAGUUGAAAAAGUGCAAGAAAUAUCCAAACAAUUAAUAAAUCCUAAGGGUGAAUUAUAUGCAAUCAAAUGCAAUGUCACUGACGAAAGUGACGUUAAAAAAGCAUUUGAAGAAAUCGAAAAAAUCGGCAUUGUGCAUAUUUUAAUUAAUAACGCCGGCGCUUUGCUCAAUACAACUCUGUAUAAUGGAAACGUUGAUGACUGGAGAAAUGUUCUUGAAACCAACGUCAUGGGCCCUUGCAUAGUGUCCAAAGAAGUCAUCAAAAUAAUGUCGUCUAAUAAAGUGGCAGGUCAAAUAAUUAACAUGAACAGCAUUUUGGGCCAUUUUGUAUACGACAUACCUAAUACUAAUAUUUAUACUGCUUCAAAACAUGCUCUGAGGGCUCUAACUGAGACUUUAAGAUUGGAACUGAUUGGAGUUGAAUCGAAAAUAAAAGUAACUAGUUUGAGUCCAGGUCCAGUGGAAGAAACAGAUUUUUUUAUCAGAAACAUUAUGGGAGGAGAUGGAAAAAGUCCGCUCAAAUACUUUUUGAAACCUGAAGAUGUUGCUAAUGGUGUUUUAUAUAUUUUGUCGACUCCGCCGCAUUUUCAAGUCGCCGAAUUGAUGUUAAGACCUGUUGGAGAACCUUUCUAA